AGAGCCCCCACCAUCCACGCAAGUGGAAUGAUGGGUGGCAUGAACAUUUGUUCCAGAUAUGGGCCGUGAAUCCCAGAGGACCCUGUCCGCCCCUUAUGGGUGCCACACGGGCAUCGGGCUGACUCAGCGGGGUAAAUAUCACGUGCUGAUUCCACAUCGCGCCAAGCCGCUAAACCGCACCGUGAAAUCGCACUCGAACUUUUGUCUCGGUGCAAAUUGCGAACCAGCAACGACAUCCCCAGUUUACCACACCAGUUCAAUCCUUCGUCUACAACCGCCAACAUGACGAAGCGCACAAAGAAGGUCGGCGUGACCGGUAAAUACGGCACUCGCUAUGGUGCAUCGCUCCGCAAACAAGUCAAGAAGAUGGAAAUCACCCAACACGCCCGAUACAUCUGCACCUUCUGCGGCAAGAACACCGUCAAGAGAGAGGCGGUCGGAAUCUGGAAAUGCAAGGGCUGCAAGAAGACAGUGGCUGGAGGCGCCUGGACAGUGUCAACUCCUGCUGCGGCUGCCACCAGAUCGACCAUUCGACGACUGAGGGAAAUUGCGGAGGUUUAAAGCAGUGUUUGGCAUGGGCUCGGAGUUCUCAAUCCCACGGAUACGGAAUUUUUCCACAAAUUCUCAAGUAGCAUCUCAGGCUUCGCCUGAAGAGAACGGUCUCGGUCGAGCAGGACAUGCGGCUUCCGCGUCGAUGAAAGCAAACGCUGCCUAUCAUGACCCCAAUCCGAAUCGUUAGACCUCCAAUCGAAUGACCGAAUGCAAAGACCAACGGGCUCAUAUUCUACUCUUACCCUUCGUUCUGUUUCUGAGCCACUGGCUUCGAGCAGCUAACUUCGCAGCCUUGGGCGGCUUUGCUCGAAGCCUCAUGUUUAUGACUGAUGCUACGGAGUACACGGACCGCAAACGUUCACCCAGUGCAGGCGACGGCGCAAUAUAUUUCUCCAUGUUGCGCGCCGGGUGAAUACCGAAGGCUGAUUUGAGAGGAUACUAUGGGGUGGCCCCUAAUCUCACGCCUUGGCCCAUCUUAUCCUGGCUUCGAUUUCACCGCCACUUGGAAAGCUUGAAACGAGAGGUGCUGCUUCUUACCUUUGCACAUUAUUUCCGAGUCUGUGACCCCGCCUCUGCGUUGACGACAUUCUUUUCCAGACGAAGUCGGAAAGACCAAGGUGGGAACGCAGUUCCUCUUGUUGCCUGGAUCUUUUUAAUGCUCCCUUUCUUUUAUUUGCAG